GCACCCAAAAGAUGGGAAGAAACCUAUAACCUAAUCAAAACCCAACGAGAAAGUUUAAUAGCACCAGUAGAUACGAUGGGAUGUGAUCAAGCAGGAUUCGAUCCAUUAAAUCCUGAUCUCAAACCUACUGAAGUCGAACGUAGAUUAUCAUGUUUAGUUUCAUUAAUGUUAAGUUCACAAACUAAAGAUCAAAUCACUCAUCAAGCCGUUUUGAAUUUAAAACGAAACCUUUCAAAUGGACUCUCAGUUAACUCUUUAAGAAACUCUUCUUUACUUCAAAUCGAAAAUUGUAUAAAUAAAGUUGGCUUUUGGAGAAGAAAAGCUUCGUAUUUGAAAGAAAUGGCUGAAGAUUUAUAUUCGUUUCAUCAAAGUGAUGUACCUAAAACAUUAGGUAAACGUGUAGGACCUAAGAUGGCUUUUUUGGCUUUAGCUUCAGCUUGGUCCAUAAAUGAAGGUAUAGGAGUGGAUACACAUGUACAUCGGAUCACAAAUCGAUUAGGAUGGCAUUUACCACCUACGACUGAACCAGAACAAACCAGAUUAAAUUUACAAAGUUGGUUACCCAAAAACUUACAUCAAGAAAUUAAUCAUUUAUUGGUGGGAUUCGGUCAAUUGAUUUGUUUACCAAUCGGACCUAAAUGUGAAACUUGUUUUGUGGGUCAAAUCGAAGGAUUAUGUCCUUCU